AUGACGGAGAGAAUCAGACGAGCCCAUCACAAGUCGAGACUCGGCUGCAGGCGCUGCAAGACGCGGCGAAUCAAGGUGAGCUCUGAACGAGGCGGCCCGACCUUACGAUCACCGUGUCCCGACCUACGACCUACCCCGUCCCGGGUGCAGGGGGUCUGCGAUGAGGUCCGGCCCGCCUGUGGAGGUUGCACAAAGGCGAACCUGCGGUGUGAUUUCAUCGAUUUACAAUCCCGCUUCAGCCUGAAACCCACUUCUUGUCCGCCGGCGCCAUCCUUCAUAUUAUCAUCGUCGUCAUCAUCAUCAUCAUCAUUAACAUCGUCUGCAUCGUCGUCCUCGUCCACAGCGUUAUCAUUAACAUCCCUGACUCUCAUACGGCCGAGUAGUCCUCCAGUAUUAGUAGACACCAUGACCGACGGCAUGAAGUCGCGCUUCUUCCGGCACUACCUGGCCAUGACGGCCUCGUACCCCUCGACUGACCAGCAAAGUUGGUCGAGCUGGAUUACAGACCUCGCCGUGACAGAUCAUACUCUUAUGGACGCUGUUCUCGGGUUUGCGGCGUUUCACCUCCGACGGUCCGCGGCGACGGUGCAUGACAGCAGCAGCAGUAGUACUUAUGCAGCAGCAGUGUCGGAGGCCUCGCAUGCUUACAUGGCGAGGGCUAUCGAGGCGCAUUCGAGACAAAUUGUGCGCGAGGGGAUCAACGCGCAGAAUGCUCCCGUCGUGAUGGCGACGUGUACUAUCAUCAUGUUCCACACCAGCGCGAACCAGUCGUUUCUCGAUAGUAGCGGUAGCGGAUCGGAUGCGGGAGAGGGGACGGGGGCGGGGUCGCGGGUCCCGCAUCACUGGUUCACGCCCUUUCGGAACGUCAACGCGCUAUUAAAGGUCGCUUUGCCCGGGAUCCGGAAUAGUAGGAUAAGCCACCUCUAUAAACCAGAGCGGCAGACCUCAUCACAGCAAAACGAGACGACGAGGCCAGCAAAGCCGGGGGCGUUUGACUUCCUGCUAGAAGACCUCGAUGAAGAAAAGACAGAGCCGGAGACGUUGGAAGCGUAUCGUAUUGCUGUCGGCCGUCUCGAUAAGAUCCAGGGUUCGGCUCUGCAGCGUGAUCUGCUGCGGUUCCCUGCGCACGUCCCGCCGCGGUUCGUCGAGUUGUUGGAGGCGCAGGACCCGAGGACGUUGGCUAUCGUCGGGUACUUCUUCAUGCUGUUGAGAAGGGCGACGCAUUUGUGGUGGGCGCAGGGUGCGGCGGAGAGGGAGUUUGAUGGGGUGAUGAGGUUCUUGCCGAGGGAGUGGUGGCCGAAGAUGACGUUGGCUGUUGAGGAGUUUGAGUGGGUUGAGAGUUGA